AUGGCGGACCAGAGGCAACGCUCGCUCUCGACCUCUGGAGAAUCACUGUACCACGUGCUGGGCUUGGACAAGAAUGCCACUUCAGAUGACAUCAAAAAGUCAUACAGGAAACUGGCCUUGAAAUACCACCCUGAUAAAAACCCUGAUAAUCCAGAGGCAGCAGAGAAAUUCAAAGAGAUCAACAAUGCUCAUGCCAUCCUGACAGAUGCCACAAAGAGAAACAUUUAUGACAAGUAUGGCUCUCUGGGGCUCUAUGUGGCAGAGCAGUUUGGGGAAGAAAAUGUGAACACCUACUUUGUGCUGUCCAGCUGGUGGGCCAAGGCCUUGUUUGUGUUCUGUGGGCUCAUCACAGGCUGCUACUGCUGUUGCUGUCUGUGCUGCUGCUGUAAUUGUUGCUGUGGGAAGUGUAAACCUAAACCUCCUGAAGGUGAGGAGCAGGAGUACUACGUCUCUCCAGAGGACUUGGAGGCACAGUUGCAGUCAGAUGAAAGGGAGGCCUCAGACACACCUAUAGUGAUACAGCCAGCAUCAGCCACAGAGACAACCCAGCUCACAGCUGACUCGCACCCCAGCUACCACACCGACGGGUUUAAUUAAGUUAAGGAAACACUCUCAUUA